AUGAGAAAAACUGGGCGCCGACUCCGCAAGGCUUGGCGCCUGACCAAGCUGCAGGAAGCGGAAGAAGCAUCGCAAAAAGGCCGGAUGCAUGAUCUGUAUGCGGUCGUUCGGCAACUGGCCCCCAAACAGGUCCGUAGGAAAGUCCGUCUGAGAGGUGAGGAUGGCGCCUUGCUGGAUCAUCAUGGAGAAAUGCAACUCCUGCAGGACCACUGCUGCACUCUUUUCUCGUCGGCCACAGCUGAUGGGCAGGAAUAUGAUCUUACGGGCCUUGCAAAACAUGUGACGGAGGAAUCCCUGCUGGCCAACAUGAAACGCCUCCCUCUGCGCAAGGUUGCGCCCCCAGGGCAUGUCCCAGCCGUGGCAUGGAAGAUGACAGGCAGAUUGGGCUGUCAGGCGAUUGAAGCCCUUGUACAUCAGCUGACCUCCGUGGUUCCCAAGCCUUGGAAGGACGCGUGGCUGGCCUUCAUACCAAAGAUUGCCACACCCAAAGUCCCAAGAGACCUACGGCCCAUCGGUCUCCAGGACAUUGAUGGGAAAUGUGUGCUUGGAGCUGUGCGGGAUGCUGUCAUGCCAUUCAUCAUGAAGUAUGUGGAGGCAUGGCCUCAGUUUGCUUACGUUGGUCAGAGAUCGACUCGUCAGGCCAUUAACCGUGCUCUUUGUCACUGCGAUUUCGUGCGCAGCUCCCUUCAAGGUGGUAAGCUGUCCCUGUAUGAUCGCCGCAAGGGCUGUGUUCCAGCUCGCUCCGUCCUUGGAGGCAUCCAAGUGAGUGUGGACAUGUCCCAGGCCUUUGACAGGCUGGAUCGCACGCUCCUUCAAGCUGCUAUGUGUGAUGCACAUAUCCCGUCUGAACUCCAGGCGGCCAUAAUGGCGUGGCAUCAGGAUAUGGAGUAUCACUUGAGGCAUGCUGACUUGCAGGGCUCGGUUGACAGUACGGUUGGAGUUAGGCAAGGGUGCAACAUUGCUCCCAUUUUAUGGGUCCUUUACACCUGCUACUUCUUUCGUACGGCUAGUGAUUUUCUGCCACAGGAAUGGCUUCAGUCCUCUUGUACCUUCUUUGCGGAUGAUCUGCACUUUUGUGAUGUGAUUGCACAGGCGGCUGACUUGGAUUCUUUCUUGCAAAAGGCUGGGAAACUAUUUCUGCACUUGCAAAAAUUCAACAUGCUGAUUAAUUACAAGAAGUCUGCAGUUCUCAUGCAUCUCAAAGGGGCGUGUACCAAAAGAUGGCGAAAACAUCAUGUCUUUCACCGUGAAGGAGGCAGCUUCUUGCGUAUCCGAGUGGGUGAAACCAUUGCUUUUCUGCCCAUCAAAACUACACAUAAGUACUUGGGGAUUAUUUUGUCCUAUCAGGCCUAUGAAAAAGCCACGGUUCUGCAUCGGUUGGAGCAAAGCAAAGCUGCUUACCACCGCCUCAGGCCUGUCUUGACAUCCAAGAGUACCUUGAAUCAGCAAGAGCGCUUGAGAGUAUGGCAGGUCUGUGUGCUGUCGUGUCUGCGUUAUGGACUUGACUCCAUUCCCUUGCGGCAAGGCCUGCUUAAGCUCAUCCAAGUUCAAUGUGCCAGACAAAUCCGGGCUAUUACUCGCUCGCCAGUCCACCUGAGUAAAGAGUCCACUGCGAGGCUGUAUGAUCGGCUGCGUAUUCCCACUGAGCUGACCCAUCUUCGUGGCAUCCAGGCUAAACAGCUGCCUGAGGCUCAGCACCGGCAGGUUCAGCGUGGGUCGUUCUGUCUGGAACAGAUGGACUGGCUCCUGAAAGUGACUGCUGCCUAUGAGCAGCUGCAGGAGCCCCUUCCUCCAAAUGCGAGCACUGUGCCUGAUUCAGCGUCCGCCUCCACUGCAGCACUCAUUCCGCUACCGCUGGCUGUGCGAGGACAGGCGUGUCCAGUAUGCGGCCUCUACUUCAAGGAUGUGACGGGUGUAAAAAUCCACAUGACCAGGAAACACCCAGCUUCUCAAGUGGUGACCAGGCCGUUGUAUGAGCAGAGUCGCUGUGGCGUAGAUGGCAUGCCAACUUGUGCUGCGUGUCGUCGGCCCUUCUCCUCGUGGGGUGCCCUGAAGCAGCAUGUGCUUGGUGGCCACUGCAGGCUGCCCUUACUUGAGCAAACUCCAUCGGACAAUCUGUCGCUUCGACAACAUCCGCUGGUGAUAGCCACAGUGCGAGCCCAAGGGUGGCAAGGCUUGCUCGAUCUUCGUCUUGUCAGGGAACGUGUGCUGCACUUCUGCCCGUUGUGCAACCAGUGGUGCGUGAAUGCCAGUGGGGUCAAGGUCCAUCUUCAGGAUGUGCACCCACAAUGGCAUGACCUACAGCCGCGUAUCAAACAAAUUGAGAUGGAAGCCUUCUUUGGCAGCUUCCGACAGGGGACUGCGCCGAUGGAGGACUCCGAGAAUCCCUUCAAACGACGCCGCGAGACGGAGGAGGAGGAGUCGAGGGCAUGGAGCUCCCAGAAACCCAAGGGCAAAGGCAAGGGCAAAGGGCGUGGGAAGAAUGGUGGCAGACGAGAGCAGGCCAAGGACAGAUGGACGCUUCCGGAGGACAAUUCCUGGAGGGGACACUACGAGAAGGACCUCAUGACGCAGAUGGCACGACUGAUCCUGAGGCACGAGGAUCAACUGAGUCUUCAACGUCAAGAUUCUGUCCUUCACCUGUGGCUGCGGAACACUGGGGAAGAGUCCAUCGUGGGGAUGCUGUGGGAGGUGUCCAAAAAGUGGAAGAAGAUGAGAGACACCACGCCAGCUCAGCUCCAGGCGUCGUUGAGGGCUACGAUGAUGGCUGGCAUGCUGAAAGCCCUGAAGGACCGACUCCACCAGGUAUCCACGGACGAGAAGCUGCUGGAGAAUGCGAAAAAGGUUCAACUCCUGGAUGCGCAGGGACACUGGGUAUACCAAGUCUGGGAUCACGAGCUGGAGAAGCUUCAGGUGGAUGCCAGUCGCACACCCUUGAAAACAGAGGAGAUCCACCAGCUGCUUGCGGUCUGCGAGAAGGCCAACGAGAGUCCCGUGCUGUAUCGCUUCCAUGCGAAGGCCGAAUACAGCUUCUCGGAGUUCGUGCACUUCGAGAUAGAAGUGGGUCACCGGGGUCAGGAGGCGGCGGACCUGUAUCGGAGCCUGAAGGUGUUGUGCCAGUGCUCGGUCUUGCAGAUCAUAGGUGCUCGUCUUCGCAAAGACAAACCGGGACGGUCUGCCACGGCACAGAGGAUCCAGGACUAUCUGCGCUGA